AUGGAGAGAGAGCAAGAGCUGCUGAAGGUUUCACCCAUGAAGGGUGUGAUGAGUUUUGGUAAGCAAGGUAAGCUUAGUCCAAGGUAUAUUGGACCAUUUGAAGUUCUUAAGCGUGUGGAGGAUGUGGCCUAUGAAUUGGCCUUGCCUCUAGGGUUGUCAUUAGUGCACCCAGUAUUUCAUGUGUCAGUGCUGAAAAAAUAUCACGAUGAUGAAAACUACAUUAUCCGUUGGGAUUCGGUCCUGUUUGAUGAGAAUCUGUCUUAUGAGGAGGAGUCUGUAGAUAUUCUAGAUAGGGAGGUCCGCAAGUUAAGAUCAAAAGAGAUUGCAUCUAUCAAGAUUCAAUGGAAGAAUCGGUUGGUUGGAGAAUCCACUUGA